AUGGAUAAGUCAGCGCUUUGGUCAACGUAUCAGGACCACCGAAUGACGUCAACAUCGCCUACAUCAAACAGUGGUAAGAAUAAUGGUAACAGCUCAAAUCCAGUUGUUUAUGGGGACAAGAAUAGUCCCAGUCAGCCUAGACAGUUCAAAAAUGCUAACACGAGUGAUAAUAGCCUCGCUUUGGGACAUGAUAGAGUUACUAAACUUGACAAAAAUAGCGUGAAAAAUAACCCAGUAAGACUAGAUAGUGGACAGUAUCAGGAUACACUGGCACAAGGAUUUGCCGCAAACAACAUGGCGCCUACUAGUGCAGGAAAUAGACAAAGUUUGGCACAAAUAAACUUUUUGUUCAACCCCGCUAGGCAGGAUCUGAUAGGCUCGAUAUUGAAUAACUAUCUGACAUUCAAUAAUCAAUCUGCUGCUCCCAAUAGCAGUGGGAAUACUUUGAGUAAUGUUAAUCAAAAUGAUAGUUCCCACACUGAUUCAGCCCCGAAAUCUCAGCUGGUUGAUGUAACUUAUCCCAGUUAUUACUUAAAUCAUCAAGAUUCAUCUAUUAAUGGGCAGUCAACUAUUGGAAAUGAUGGUAUUAGACCUCGAGGAGAUAGUUUCUUUCUACCACCACCUAUAAACUCUCAAAUGCGACUGAAUAGCAGUGACUAUGAAAACAAUCCAAAUCAGCGUCAAAGCAAUUCAUCGAGAUCGAAUAGCAUAUUUAGUUCGCUCAUUCAAAUCCCUGGAUCUGGGAAUAAUUCUGUGAGUGACGCUCCACCAAAUGGUGACUUACAGAGGACUAAUAAUGCAAAUAAUGCAAAUAAUGUGAACAUGAAUAAUAACAAUAAUAACAAUAACCUUGAUAUUUCUGCGGGCGGAAAUAAGUCAAAAGUAAAUCAACCCUCAAUAACUGCCAAUAAUGGACAAGGAGGAAGCUUUCUGAUUCCAUUGGCGGAAUUUGAAGAAAGUUUGGGGAAUUUCUUAGCGUUACAGCAAGAUCCUAAAGGCUCACUUCUGGGUAUCAAAUCAAAACGUGGUUCUGUAGAUUAUCCCAUAAGUAAUUCAUUUUGGGACGGUUUAAAUAAUGGUUUCGCAGGAUCAAUAAGUGGCAUGCCACUUGGCGGUAGUAUAAGUGGUAUUCUCGCUGGUAUAGCCAACGGUAAUAUUGAUUUCAGUAGCAUGAAUGAAGAGCAAAGAAGAGACUCUAUUAUAAAGCUCAUAAGUGAUCAACAGAAUACGCAGCCUCAGAGAUCACUGAAUAGUGGCACAACUAUUCCUAAUACUAAAUUAAGAGAAGAUAUAUUUGAUACCAAAGCCAGGAAGCCUGAUUACGAGAAAGUCUAUAAUGAGAGGACUCCUAAGUAUAAUGAUAACAAUUUAAAAAUAAAAGGAGAUCAUGUUUCUCCUAGCUCCUCCAUGUCUUCCACUACUUCCGCAAGGUAUAACGAUGAACCACAAUCCCCUAAAACUUCUCCAUCGGCGUAUAACGUUAGCUUGAAUCAGGCAUCAUUACCGCAAAAUUUCAAUCAAAUACAGAAGCAAGCGUAUCCAACUUUAGAUCAACAGAAUUACGUUGGAGCUCUACCGCCUAAUGGGAUAAAGAACCAAGGAAUAUUAAAUCAAAAUAAUUUACCGAUCUACCAAGCACAGCAGCAACUGCAGCAAUCACAACCGCAACAGGUUCAACAAAUACAACAACAGCAACAACAUCAACAACAGCAACAACAUCAACAACAGUAUUAUCCGCAGUUUCAGAAUUACCAUUCCCAACAAAAUCAACAUCAUCAACAGCAAUAUCAACCUGCACAUGUGGUUCCUUCUGCAAAUAUGAAUGAUAAACAAAACGCACCAAAUGAAAAUGAUACGAAUCUUGUUCCAGCUCAACAAUUUGUCAAAGCAGAAGAUGGUCGCCCCUUACUAGGAGCAACAAAAAUAGAUCAGUUAAUGUUGGUUAUACAAGCUCGAGAAAAAGGUGUAAAUAAUCCAAUUCCUCAAGGGCCUGAUGGAAGCAUAUUAGCUUCGUCUGAGGUUAAGCAAAAAAAUGGAGUUAUUCCACAACCUAUAAAUUUGGUUGGUGGUGUUGAUAAGCCGCCGAAAGAUAAAUUGGACGGAGACAUAUUUGAAACUGAAGAUGAUUCCUUAAGUGAUAAGAAGAAGAAAACGAAAAAUAAGCAAUGCCCCUAUUGCUUUAAAUAUUUUACUCAGUCAACACACUUAGAGGUUCAUGUCAGAUCUCAUAUCGGGUAUAAGCCGUUUGAAUGUUCAUAUUGUCAUAAAAGGUUCACUCAGGGUGGUAAUUUGAGAACUCAUUUGCGGUUGCAUACAGGCGAAAAGCCUUUUACCUGUGAAGUUUGUAAGCGUUCAUUCAGUCGUAAAGGUAAUUUGGCAGCUCAUAAAUUAACUCAUGAGAAUUUAAAGCCCUACGAAUGCAAAUUGGAUAACUGUGACAAAUCUUUUACUCAGUUAGGAAAUUUAAAAUCUCAUCAGAAUAGAUUCCAUUUAUCUACUCUAAACGAAUUAACACAUAAAUUGGCGGAAUUACGCAAAGAGGAGAUAGAUAGUUUACCUAAGGAUGAAAAGGAUCUACUUCACUAUUUUAAAGAUUUAUAUAAGAAUUCGAAUAAAGGAAUUCUAGGUAGAGGUAAGAGAAUAAAACCCAUAAAUGAGUUAAAUGAUUCAAAGAUAGAGCCAACGUGGUGA